AUGGCUGCCAUCCGCCUCCUCCUCGCGUUCCUGCUGCUCCUGCUCCAGGCCAUUGCGGCGGCCUCCUCCGACGCCGAACACCUCCUCGCCGCGAGGUCCGCGCUCCGCGACCCCACCGGCGCGCUUGCCAGCUGGGGCGCCGGCUCCGGCCGCGGCUUGCCGUGCCGCUGGGCGCGCGUAACCUGCGCCAACAACUCCACCACGGCCGUCGCCGGGCUCGACCUCUCCCAACUCUCCCUCGGCGACGUCUUCCCGGCCGCGCUCUGCUCCUUGCGCUCCCUGGAGCACCUCGACCUCUCCGUGAACGAGUUCAUGGGCCCGCUGCCGGCUUGCCUUGCCGCUCUCCCGGCGCUCGUGCACCUCAACCUCACGGGGAACAACUUCUCCGGUGAGAUACCAAGAAGCAUUGGGAAUUUGAGUUCUCUGGAGCAGAUCGAGCUCUACGCGAACAAGCUCUCCGGGAGUAUUCCGGUGGGGUUUGGAGGUCUCAAGAGGCUCAGGUCACUGGACUUCUCCAUGAACCAGCUCACUGGGGAGAUUCCAGAGGACAUGUUCAUGGCGCCGAACCUUGCCAGCGUGCACAUGUACCAGAACAAUCUGUCUGGUCGAUUGCCGGCGACGCUGGGGACGGCGCAGAGCCUGUACGACCUGAGGAUUUUCGGCAACCAGUUUUCUGGGUCGUUGCCGCCGGAGUUUGGAAAGAAUUGCCCCCUCGUGUUCCUGGACACGUCGGACAACCGGCUGUCAGGUCCAAUUCCGGCGACGCUUUGCGCUUCCAGGAAGCUAAAGCAGCUCAUGCUACUGAACAAUGAAUUUGAAGGCACCAUUCCGGUGGAAUUGGCGCAAUGCUGGACACUGGUCAGAGUGCGGCUAUCGAGCAACAGGCUGUUUGGUCCGGUGCCGCCCCAAUUAUGGGCAUUGCCGGGUGUCUACCUGCUGGAGCUUCGUGGCAAUGCAUUGUCCGGGACGGUUGACCCUGCCAUUGCUGGUGCCAAGAAUCUAAUCAAGCUGCUCCUGCAGGACAACCGGUUCACUGGUGCUCUGCCUGCCAAGCUGGGGACACUGGCCAAUCUGCAAGAGUUCAAGGCUUCAAACAAUUCCUUCUCUGGGCCUCUGCCGCCAUCGCUCGCCAACCUCUCAUUACUUGGCAAUCUUGAUCUGAGCCACAAUUCUUUCUCUGGAGAGAUCCCAAGGGAUUUUGGUAAGUUGAAGCAAUUAUCACAGCUGUCCCUUUCAGAUAACCACCUCAGUGGGAACGUCCCUUCAGAGCUUGGGGACAUUAUUGAGAUCAAUACGCUUGAUUUGUCGAACAAUGAGCUUUCCGGUCAGCUGCCUGCGCAGUUGCAGAAUCUCAAGCUGACUCAUUUCAACAUAUCCUAUAACAAGCUCUCAGGGACUAUACCCGUUCUCUUCAAUGGAUUAGAGUACCAAGAAAGCUUCUUGGGCAACCCUGGCCUGUGCCAUGGGUUCUGUCAGAGCAAUGGGGAUCCUGAUGCCAAACGACACAACACUAUCAAAUUGAUUGUCUACAUCUUCAUUGCCGCUGCAAUAAUCCUAUUCAUCGGUCUUGCUUGGUUCAGUUACAAGUGCACGUUGCACAAGAUCAGUGCUGCUGAACUGGAUGAUGGAAAGUCCAGCUGGAUGCUCACAUCCUACCAUAGGGUGGAUUUCAGUGAGAGGGACAUUGUGAAUAGCCUUGACGAGAGCAAUGUGAUUGGCCAAGGUGGUGCAGGCAAGGUCUACAAGGCUGUUGUCAGGCCUCAGGGUGAGACCAUGGCUGUCAAGAAACUCUGGCCUGUCGGUGUGGAAAGCAAAAGGAUAGACUCAUUUGAGGCUGAGGUUGCCACACUAAGCAAAGUUCGGCACAGGAAUAUCGUAAAGCUUGCCUGUAGCAUCACAAACACCGUCUGCAGGUUGCUUGUAUACGAGUACAUGCCAAGUGGUAGCCUGGGGGAUAUGCUUCACAGUGCAAAACGCAGCAUCUUGGAUUGGCCAAUGAGGUAUAAGAUUGCUGUUAACGCUGCUGAAGGACUCUCCUACUUGCACCAUGACUGCAAUCCCCCAAUCGUCCAUCGCGAUGUGAAGUCAAACAACAUCUUGCUUGAUGCGGAGUAUGGUGCCAAGGUUGCAGAUUUUGGUGUUGCAAAGACUAUUGGGGAUGGCCCGGCCACCAUGUCAGUCAUCGCAGGAUCUUGUGGAUACAUCGCACCAGAGUAUGCUUACAGUCUUCGUGUGAAUGAAAAAAGUGACAUUUAUAGCUUUGGUGUGGUGAUCUUGGAGCUUGUAACCGGUAUGAAGCCGAUGGCACCAGAGAUUGGCGAGAUGGACCUUGUGACGUGGGUGUCUGCCAAUAUUGCCCAGAACGGGCUGGAGUCUGUGCUCGAUCAGACACUCUCUGUGGCUGAACAGUUCAAGGAUGAGAUGUGCAAGGUUCUGAAGGUUGCACUGCUCUGUGUCUCGAACAGUCCAAAGAGCCGUCCACCAAUGAGGGUCGUGGUGAAAAUGCUGCUGGAAGUCAAGGAAGAGAACAAGCCGAUGUUGAAGUUGACACUUCCGAACAUCUGA